GGUGCCCCCGGUUCGCACCUGUUCUAUAGAACCGGUAGUAAACCCAGCGGGAGGCUCCGCCCACCAACCCCGACGUCAUCAAAAUGCUUCUGUGCAGAAGAGCGUGAGUGCGGGGUCCCACUGCAAACCAGUAGUAAAGGUGCUUUGGAGAAUACCUUGACUCCCUCUUCUUUGUGGCAGCCCCUGAGAUAUUGGAACACUGCUAUCAUGUCACCCUUAGUCCUUCUUAACACGUAUAAACACAAAGAGCAAACAGGGUUCCUGAGAUUUCGAAAAUGUUGCAGAGAAAUCUUCCAAUGCUGUUGGGGGAGAAUGAGAAGGAAUGCCAGGCCAGCCAGUCCUUCAACCUCCACCUUGGAAGACGCAACAAAUCUGUCUGGCCGAAGAAAAACGAAAAUCACGAUAGACAUUGAGCUCCAUAAAGUGGAGCAGCACGAUUUCCCUCCAAAGGACAGCCGAGGGAAAGAGAAGGUCCUCUUCGAGAGGAAGGACCUUUUCCAAACAGCGCAAUCAGAGCUGGCCUGUAUAAGAAGAGACCAGGAAAUAAGCCAAUAUUUGCGCCAAGUGGUCUCUGAGAGGAGGAGAGAGACGCAAAUAGCUCUGUUGCAGGAGCACAGCUUUGUCAAUGGAUUAGCUGCAUUGCUGGAAAUGUAUGAUCUCAGCAAGAUAACACCAGAAAGGGACGAACCAAUAAAAUCCAUGCUGAUGGACAUUUCCAGUUUUUAUUGGACGGCUACCCUGGAUGCAGAGGUGGAAGAUCUUUCUGAGGUGGAGAAGAAGUUGCUGGAGGAGGCCUUUGGCCUAACAAUGAGGAACCUACUCCGACAAUCUCCCACGACAGAACAGUUUGUUUUCAUUCUGAAGCAACUGGACCCACGUGGGAAACUGUUUUUGCCGGCGAUAAACCAGCUCCUGUCCUGUGGAAACCAUCAUUCCAGGAUAGAUCUCCAAGAAGUCCAGCAGGCUUUCCCUGAUGUUCCCAGGGAAAUCUGGCAGGCUGGAACCACCUACGAAAACAUCAAUGAAGGAGACCUAGAAAUAGAGGAGUUGUGACCUCGCCAUUGAGCCACCUAUGAAGAAAAGCUACCAUCUCAGGAAAUGGCCCUUUGGUUCUUCCUUCUAUCAAUUGCAUAAAUUAUGUAUAAUAGUUGAAAUUGAUCUGUUAAAACUUCUGACUGUAUAACAACUGUUGGUAUCUGUGUUUGUAGAUCACUGGAAGAUCAGAACUCCCUCCUGCUGAAGGUUCCCUUGGGGUUUGGAAGAUGGCACUGGGGCUGAAGAUGCUGUGGAGCAGAUGCCGACCAUCAUCGUUUUUAAUAUGCUGCAGCAGGCUGUGUAGCAGCUUGGACAGAAUUCCACGCGGUUCCUGUAACGGACCUGCUUGCUUGGACCAUCACCCGGCUGGAUCAACAUCUCCCCAGGAUAGAAGAACAACGAAACACAGAUGGAUGGACUUGAGUUUUUAAUGCAAAUGUUUUUUUUUCUUGUAUCUAUGGGACACUUAUAUGUCUCCAGCUCUAUGCCACCAUUGAAGGCAAACACAAGGCAAAGAAGAGAGAAGUUUAGUCAAAGGUGCUACCUUCAGACUCUCAAGAUUCCGUUAAUGUAGCCUUACAAUAAGGUCGAAUUAGCCCAUUUAGUCGUAUUUCCUGUCUCGUUUCCCUUGGAGGACUGACACAAUGUCUGCAGGUUGUUCGAAAAGUGUGUGUGUGUGUUUUUUUUUUGUGUAUGUAUGUGUGUGUGUGUGUGUGUCCUCCCAGGUAAACAGACAGGAAAUGUGACGAAAGGUGCGAAUUCGACCUUAUUUUAAGGCUACAUUAACAGAACCUUGAAAGUCUGAAAG